AGAUACAGGCACAAAUCUACGACUACCAUCACGCAAAAUUAUUUAAGAUAGAUCAGUUCUACUUUGACUAUUGCUCCACUUAGACUUCGAAAACACUUAACCAGAAUUUGCAAAAAAAAAGAAAACUCAAAACGUUUUAUUUUUUUAAAUAUUUUUUACACCAAAUUUAUUGUAACCGCAAGAGCGAAAUCAAGUGAAACGCAAAGAAAAGAAAUUGUCACAAAAAGUAAUACAAAACAGGAUCAACCAAUAAGGCAGAUUAGAUAACUUACAACGGAGACACAAAUACAUAGAUACUGAAGCAAAACGCAAAAAGAUUUUUUUUUCACGAAUUUCAUAAAAGGCGUAAAAAAGUGUACCGUUCAAAUUGAAUUUAAAUAAAAUUGAUUAUCUAUUUUAUUUGGAAAACAGAAAUCAACGUAUUUAUUUCAUUCUAACAAUUCCAUCAGCUCCAAUUAAAAAAUUCCAUCAAUUAUUUAUAACAAAUCUGAAAUUUGUCGCUACCUGAAAACUGAAACUGAAAGAAAAAAAAAGAAGAGGAAACAAGUACGUUUUAUCUUUCAACAAGGAGAUGUUGCAUAUCGAUUUUAUGGAAACAAAAAUCAUUUUUUCCUCGUCUAUACUUUGUUUUGCCGAAUGUGUUAAAGCCUGUUACGAAAAUUGAAUUUGCUUCCAUGGGCAUUUGAAAGGAGUUCUCAUAGCGAAAGGUUUUAUAUAAAAUUGUAUAAAUUGUCCUAGGUAAUUGAUUCAUGUGCAAAGCUCCAAGGCUAAACAAAGUUAGUGGAGUGAGCGUUUCUAUUCUAUCGUUGAGACGUUAUUUCCCAAAGCAUCGCAUUUGCAUUUUCCGAAUUCAAUUUGAUUAAUUUGUCUACAUAAUUCCAUUGCCAGCUCAGAAUUUUUGCGCUACUUUUCUAGUCAGCUGUUUAUAAAUAAUGUGUGUGGGUUAAAUUCAUCACGCGUAUCAAUUUAUACCAUACAAUAUUCGAGAAGUAAUUAGAGAGCGAAGGAAAGUGAAAAAUCAAUUACAAUUUAUAUUUGUGUGUUGACUUAAGCCUGAUUUAUCAUCUAUUUCCGAUGAAUGAUUAAAAAUUCAACCCUAAAAAAUAGAAAUAUUUCUAGAAAGAUCCAAAAAUCCCUAAAAAAAAUAGAAUUCACUCUAAAUCAUCUCGAGAAUCGUCAAUUUUUUGACAUUACAAACUCACAAACCGUAAAUCUAACGAACGCCUAUCGAAAAUAACGAAAAUACCCAAAGUUAAUCCAAUGCAUUUACGUUUUAAACGUGAAAAACAAAGAAAACAACACCUUUUACAUAAACAAUGUCUUUACCCCGUGAAUGGAGUCUCCAGGAAACACGGGAGACAUUUGAUGAAAAGUUCCAGUCAUCCGGAUUCAGCAUACACGAUUCGAGUACAUCAUCGAUCAAGCAAUGCGAACACCCAAUUAUUCAUCCCGAUGUGGCAUUGUUCAAUGAAUUCAAUACAACCGGUUCGUUGUGCUCCAUACAUUCAGCGCCACAGGUGCAGCUUGCCGAUUCGAUCAACGUUAUGAGUGAAAUUAUCACCGUGCCGAACGACACCGGAAAUGGACUGUUGCAGCCAAACCUGUCGACAAAAUCCGUUUUUCUCGAGCUAAUUGGCAAUAAGCGCACCAGCGAAAUUGACGAAGACGAUAAUGAUAAUCUGUUGACAGUAUCGAGUGUUACUGCGCGGCCAUUAAUAGCAAAGUCACGGGAAUUGAGGAGUAGCAAACUUUCAAAUCGUUUGGGUCGACGGAAAGAAGUGAGCAGCGAUAAUAAUACAACACUCCCACCAAUGGAUGGUGGUUAUGGCUGGUUGGUCGUAUUUGGUGCAUUCUCCGUACAGUUUUGGGUUGCUGGUCUUGUGAAAUCGUACGGGGUACUGUUUGUCGAGAUUUUGGAAAUAUUCCCCACAAACACAACAGCUGUCGCAUCCUGGAUACCCGCCAUUCUAUCAGCACUAUGUUUGGCUCUUGCACCGUUGUCCAGCGCACUGUGCCAGCGUUUUUCCUGUCGUACCGUAGUAUUUAUAGGGGGAUUAUUCUGCGCCUGUGGCCUCAUGUUGAGUUACUUUGCUACAAGCCUAUACCAUCUGCUCAUUACAUUUGGAAUUUUAACUGGAAUCGGAGGUGGAUUAUCAACAACGCCUGGAAUCAUCAUAGUUUCGAUGUAUUUCAAUAAACGACGAGCCCUCGCGAACGGUAUUUGUGUGUCGGGAACAGCAGCGGGCAGUUUCAUUUUUCCCAUUCUCAUCGAGUAUUUAAUCCAUAAAUUCGGAUUCCAUGGAACAUUGCUGCUUCUUGGCGCUGGUAUGUUGCAUGUUUGUGUCUCAGCCACGUUGUAUCGACCAUAUGACGAAAACUGGGCAUCGGAAACAGCAAAAUCGACCAAAUGCGAAAACAGCAAUUCAACUGCUACCAAUCUGACACUUCUUACGGCAUGCAAUGGCGAUGAAAAACGAUACAUUGAGCAUUUAUUUAUGGAAGAGUCAAAGAAUCGUUUAAACGAUCUCUACAAUACUAACAAACUUGGAGCCCUCAAUGACAAUAGCGGAAAUGGCAAUGAAGGUGGUGAUGAUGAGUAUGCGGAUACAAUGGGCGAAAGCAGGUUCACAAAACCUAUUUCGGCCAUUCGACCUACACGAAGCUCUUCAAUUUUACACUCAGUUGAAGAUUUGAGCACCGAUUCGACAUGCGUAUAUAAAUCAAGAAAUGGCUACGAUUCGAAUCGGGGAAGCCGACGACGAAUUAUAACGCAAAAGUUUGGCAAUCGUUCGAGUAAUGAUGAAAUUCCCGACAAACAAACACUCAAUCAUUUAUUCGAUUACAAUAACGCAUCAACAAUUCAGUCAUCGAACAAUCGUGGUCUCAGCAAAAGUAUGAUUCUUCCAACACCCGUCAGCGAUUUGUCCGAAUUUGAUGAUGAUAUCGAACUGAAACAGCCAAAAACUUUAUGCGAAAAAAUUCAAAGAUACAUUGACGUGAGUUUACUCAAAGAUCCAAUGUUCAUUGGGAUGUGUUUGUCUGUCACACUUAUGUCGGUGGGAUGUCCUUAUUUUUUGUAUUUUCUACCAGCCUACGCAAUUUCUCAAGGUUUUACAAAGAAGGAAGCAGGACUGUUGGUAGCUGUUAGUGCAGCAUUAGAUUUAGUAGGACGAUUAGGUUUCGGUUAUUUAUCAGACCUACAAAUUUUCGACAGGAAAAAAGCGUUUAUUUUAUGUAUUUUGGGGGCUGGCCUCGCAGUACUAUCAAUACCCAUGGAAAAUCAUUCAUAUCUAGUUGGAUUUUCAUCGGCAAUGUAUGGUUUAUGUCUCGGAGCAUGGUAUCUUUUGGUACCAGUACUUUUGGCAGAUUUUUUUGGAACAGAGCGCAUCAGUUCGAGCUACGGGCUCAUUCGGAUGUUUCAAAGUCUCGGUGCGAUUUCGGUGCCACCACUAGCCGGAUUUCUACGGGAUUUAACUGGUGGCUAUCAAAUAUGCUUCUAUUGCAUGGGAGCUUGUAUGGUGCUCGGAAGUAUUCCAUUGAUUGUGCUGACAAUUCUUGAGCCAACUGGAGAUGCAACACCAAAUUCUGAUGACAGUGACGUAUCGACCGUGUCCAAUUAGCAUAUAGAAAUAUCACAAUAAAAUGUAAUUGUUAGUAUUUUGAGUGUAACCCUAAAAACCACACAUACACACAUCAACAUAUUUUUCCAUGAAAAACCAAAAAACCAAACAAACAAAUUGUUUCCAACUGAAAUUUUAGCGAAUUACAUACUAAAUCAUAUUUCGACUGUACCAUUUAUUAAGAAUGAAGCACGGUCACAAUUGAAGAGCGCGAUAAUGGAGCGAACAUAGUCGUAGGAUCACCUAUAAUUUUGUUGUCCAUCUUAAUAAUAUUGGAAUAAUUUUGUGAUUUCACUGUGUGUUCAAUUUUAUCGAACAAAAACAAAUUAUAAAACUUAAACUUAAAACUAAAUAAAACAGUAACAAAAGAUCCUAA